GCCCUUGCGCCUCGAUCAUCGUUUUCCUUACUGUCGCAUACACACGAUACACUAGUAUAACUGCUAGCCGGGACAUUGCUCGGCGUCUCCUCGCAAUCCUAUCAAUCACGUCUCUUUUCUAUACAAUCGUUCCCCUCCCGCAGUCGACUCCGGUUGCGACGUCAAUUGCGACAACAGAACUACCCUUGGCGGAAGCGCUCCGGUCGCCAGACUGGAUGCCAUUGCCCGCCGUUAUGGAUAGUGCGACAUGUAAUGUGAUCUACGUUGAUCGUAAUGUGCACGAAGACCGAAUACUGCGACUUUCGAGCGCAAAGCUAUCGGAGUCUGGUGAGCUUCGGGCUAAUCUGGGACUUUUGCUUGACGCUUUCGGCGACGUGCACGUAUGCGCCAGUGGUGCUGCUUGUAUAUCCAGACUGUUUCGCCUCCAUGAUACCUCUAUGGUAGAGCUGAAACCGACGCUUGUACUGAUUGAUACACCACACGACGAACGGGUAGUAGAAUCGCCGCUACGCGAACGAGAUUAUUCCCCUUUCUCCGAGGUCUCUGAAGCAGAGGAAAACGACGACUACCCCGAGGCCGAAUUAUACGGAUUAAAGCUCCUGCAACGAAUCGUAUACGAGACCCAUCUUAGAAGCCUAUCGAGACUCGUCGUACCCAUUCCCGUCAUCAGCUUCCCCCUGCUGCGUAGCCCGCCGGCUAGCGACGGUGCGAACGAUGAUCCAAUGCAAUCGGCCUAUGCUGGAUAUCUCUCAGAGGCGCCCAAUGGAAAUGGUAACUCGUUAACCAACCGCGCCCUACUCAGGAAAUGCCUGGACUCUGGCGCCGUGGAUGUGAUGGCCAGUCCGCUGCAUAUCAAAACCUUGACGACACUAGAGGUUCACGCAUACCGAGCUCACAAAGAAGCCGCUAGGGAACAGCAGGCCGUGCUAGAGAUUCAGAGAGGCCGCAAGAGGUCGUGGGUCGGGGUGCACGAGGAGCAACCCUACGCGUACCUUAGAGAGGCCAUGGUAUCUGGGCUGAUGAGGGUAAUCUGCCUUUCGGGAGCUGAACCCGAAGACCGUAUCGGGAGCGUCAAAAUUACCGUGCCCUCUGAACGUCGGUCUGAGAUCGCUGAGGCGGUGGGCAAGUGGCACUUCUGUGCUCCCGAUUUUUGCGACGACUCCCUCCUCGUCGCGGCUAUCAUCAUGUUUAGGCACGCCUUCUCCAUGCCUGAGCUGGAACAUUGGCGGAUUCCAACUGACCAACUAACGACAUUCCUCGUCGCAACCCGAGCGGCCUAUAAUACCUUUGUGCCCUACCAUAAUUUUCGGCAUGCCGUUGAUGUUCUUCAAGCUACUUUUAACUUCCUCGUUCAAAUCGGGUCCUUGGCACCCUACCCUCACGUACCGGGUUCUCCCUCUGGGUCGACGCGGAAAUCCCCGCUUGCGGCUAUACUUGGACCCUUCGAGGCAUUAGCUCUUCUUAUAGGGGCAAUCGGACACGAUGUCGGACACCCCGGUGUAAACAACGGAUUUUUAGUUGUGCUAAAUGCUCCGCUAGCACAGCUAUAUAACGACCGAUCCGUCCUCGAGUCUUUUCAUUGCGCGGCGUAUUCGCAAAUCCUUCGGAGAUACUGGCCGAAGGUCUUCAAGGAUACCAAGAUGCGUACCCUAAUAAUCAGUUCGAUCCUGGCAACGGAUAUGGGUGUACACUCCAAUUAUAUGGACAAGCUCGGUAACCUCAAGGAUAAUUUGCGCGCGGACGGUUCGACUGACGGAUGGCACGGGCGUAUGUUAGAAGAGAAGAGGGAGAUCCUAUGCUCCUUAUUGAUCAAGUGCGCCGAUAUCAGCAACGUUGCGCGAAAGUACGAAGCUGCGCUGCAAUGGAUGUAUAUCCUCUACGAAGAAUUUUCGAGGCAAGCAGCAAUGGAGAGUGAUGUUAACAUCCCGUCUUCUCUCAUUUCGCCGCCGAAGAAGGAUUUUGUAUCGCUAGCUAAGGCCCAAAUGGGGUUUAUGAACAUAUUCGCCAUCCCCCUAUUUCAAGGUGUUGCCGAAGUGCUACCUGCGAUGCAAUACACCGUCGACGAGCUCCAGAUAAACAAGACCCUAUUCGAACUAACGUUGAAGGGAUUUCCAAAUAUGGACGAGGAGCGAAGAAGGAAGCUGACUGAAGGCAUACUCUCCCCUCGUUCUUUGAGCUUAGCCAUCCGAUCCGACGACGUUAGCGACUUCGCAGACGACACAAAGCGCGAGCUAGCCCGGAAUAACUCUGAGUUGAGGAAAGCCGGACCCUCGUCCCCCAAUCAACUAAAUCACGUCUCUAGUCUUCCAGGACGAUACAAAGAGGUGAACGGGGCACCGUCUACCUUGAAUAGCGUUGCGGAGUUCUCAGCAAGCGAUCCAUUUAACAUGCAUGAGUCGGAGAACCGGGCGAUUGGGCACAACGGAAAACAACGAUCUAGCGAGACGACCGACGGCAGCAACUCGGUACCACCCGGAGACUGGCAGUCGCAAGCUACUAGUGCUACUACAGGAAAGAUGCCUCUCUCGCCCAGCACCCAAGGGACCAGUAUCGUUAGUCAAGAGUCUCUCGACCGUCCGGGUAGCGUUCCUGUGACCACGGUCACAGCAGCCCCCGAAUGCUACAUGGCAACACCGAUGGCAAGUUUCGACUCGGCCAAUUCAGAGGAGGACUCCAAUGGGAAUACUCUCAAGCCGGAGAAGGUUCUCAAGAAGAAGACUAGCAGAUUUAGGAUGAACGUUUCGACUUUUUUCCGGCGGAACAAGGGCGCAAGCUCACCGUCAUCCGGCGGUUCUUGAAGACAGGCGCGAGGAGGCAGUCAUCAGACGGCAACACGGUACAAGGCACACGAUCCUAUGAGAUCCGACGA